AGCAAAUCGGUAAGUUAAUUGAGGUUUCCCCGCUCCGAUAGACGACGCAACAGGCCAAGCUUUUACCAACGCCUAAACCAAAUCAGAUCGGCGUUUUAUGUUCCCUUCUCUUUCUUCUCUCUCUCGCAUCGAUUUCAGCAAAAUUUAGAAACGAACCAGUCACACAGAGAGAGACACCAAAAGAAGAAGAACAAAAAAACCCUACUCGAUCACGAGAUCGUCGCAACGUUUCACGUAUAUAGACCGGCGAAUAAAUUUAGCAGAAUCAUCGGGAAGGUAGAAAAUGCUCAACGAUGGUGAAGAGACUCCUUCUAGGCAUGAGAUUCUUAGUAUGGUUAAGAAGCAUUCGAAGUCAUUAGGACAGACGUCUCCUGAUGAGGCAGAUGCGUCUGAUGUAGAAAUGGACUCUAAUUUCUGGCAUGGUGUAUUUGAUGUGUACUUCAUUCGUUGCAUGGAGUCGAGGAGGCGGCAAGACGAUGAUCUUCUAUUUUUUGUGAGGAAAUUGAGCUGUAAGUCAUAUGGUUUGACUGAAAAUGAAGAUGCACCAGCUCCUUACUUUGUGCGCAGGUGGGCACCUAAGCAGUUGGAUGAGCUUCUUGGUGAAAGCCUGGCUGAAGUUGAUUGGAGGAAAUCAUUUUAUUUGAACAUGAUUGCCCAUACAUCAUUCACUGUUACGGUGGCGAUUUGCAGUAACGAGGCCCUUAAGACGUACCAAGGAAGUAAAGACACAAAACUCUCUCCUAUAUACAAGGUUGUAAAAACUGUGUAUGCAUCACCUAGUCGCGUUAAUUUUCAUCUGGACUCAAAGAAGGAAGUGGAAACAACACCUGCCUACCCAGAAAUCUGUUUUGCUGUAGAUGAUUUUGACUCAACCUUUGAUGCUGUGGUUCUGACUGAAAAAGAUCAUUGCUAUUGCGUACUUCUUAAUUCCCAUGAUGGGGCAGCAUUUCCAAGUGCAAAUGUUAAAGAUUCCAGUGAUUCUAACACAAAUACUGAACCCAGAAGUGUGAAAGAUCCUAAGGUUACCCUGUUUUCUGGGUUUGUCAGCUAUCAAAUGGUCCGAGAAGCCUAUGAAGGGGGGAGGAAUCGAUUCGGAAGCCUUCUUUCACUGGGUCAUAACACAGGAAAAGCAGACCGACUUUAUAUGAGAGGUCCAGGAGGACGUGGAGAAGUUGAAGUAGCGGUUUCUGGCGUUAUAGAUCAGAGCCAAGUAGUUUUAGGUCCUGUUUCACCAAUGUCUUCAAAGAAGAGCAUCGAUCUCGGCUCCAUUUUCCGUAAAGCAGCAUCUGUUGCAUCUGUCGCAGCUAAACAUGCAAUAGCAGCUGCUACCGCCUCUUACGAUGAAGACGAGAUGUUCCCUCUUAAAUGCUGCUUAAUGUCCAUCUCAUUGCCAUGGGAUACUAUUGCUCAUGAUCUUUUAUUCAAGGCAUCUGCACCGGUAAACAUGGAGUAGAUCACUCUCUGGGAUGAAGCGUAGGAAAUAGAAGUUGUGUGUGUUGUCUGUUCAAGUGUUUGUUCGUUGAUUGAAUAUUCCUUUUGUUCUGUUUACAUGACUCUGUGGAUUACCAUAACCACUGUUUUUACAUCUAGCAAUAAAAAUGAAAGUAAAGUUGUGAAUUUGCAAUCA